AUGACCGUAAAAAAUAAAACAUUCGAUUUGUACGGUGAUCAUAUUAAUUUGGUUUGUGGAAUGAACCUCUUCCUGGCGUUCUUCCUCCUCUUGAAACUCCUCUCAUCUCGCACACCUGCCUCCUACUCCAUACCCAUCAUCGGAGCAUAUUUCUGCCUGAACAUGGUUCUGAUAACCCUCUCCACCUUCAUAUCGGCCACCGUCAUCAACAUGUACAAGCGGGAGGACAAGAGGAACAAGGUGCCCAAGUGGCUGAAGAAGGUGGCCAUCGAUGGACUUUCGCGCAUUCUCUGCAUGGAACAGCGCAAGAACAUCACACAACAACUCCGACCCGUUCUAUUGCCAGCAGCAGCAACGACGGCGUGCGUCGCUUGUGGCGGCUGCUGCGGCCACCCCGCUGCAACAAAGUCUGGAGUCGGAAGUGAAAGAGCAUUACAAGACAAUAACCGAAAUAGUCAAACUUUGAAACAAACAACCACCAUGAUCUGUAAGGUGAAAAAAGUACUGAAGAACUUCAUGGGCAAGUUGCAGGCGAGGGAUGCGAAGGAGAAGAGCGCGAUGGAGUGGCGUCUGGUGGCUCUCUCCAUAGACAGGAUGUUCUUCAUGCUCUACCUCAUCACCAUCAUCGUCUCCACCGUGACCAUCUACGUCAUGUGUCACGUCUACUAUGAGAGCGAUGAACACGGCGCAUCGAAAUGCAUCAAUGGGACUUCCUGCGUUUCUGGCGGUGAUCUGGAAGGGGAAGGAUUGGUUGGAGGAUAA